UGGUCUUCAGGUACGGAGUACAUCUGUCAAGUGAAUCGAUUUUUUUUAUCUACCUUAUCUAUCUACUCCCCUCCCUCCUUCUCCAGUCAGAUCGAUUGAAAUUUGCCAGACCCCUUUUUCCUCUUAAGCAAUAGUUAGGUAGUUACACUUCCACACGCCCACAAAACCACCAACAAUGCCUCCAUCAUCGACUCUCUCCAAAUCCACAAUGGCUGCACUUGCAUCCCAGCUCUUCCUCGCCGGAGGCGCACUAGCCAGUCUCCAAGCCUGCCCUCUCAACACCACCCAACUCAGCUGCCACAACACCACCGCUAUCAAAGACUCAUGCUGCUUCAACUCGCCCGGCGGUCUUCUCCUCCAGACUCAGUUCUGGGACACCAACCCCGCCACGGGACCCGACGAUUCCUGGACCAUCCAUGGGCUCUGGCCGGAUAAUUGCGAUGGCACGUAUCAGUCUAAUUGCGAUGAGGCGCGCGCGUAUAAGAAUAUUACGGAGAUUCUGAAAGCGGAGGGUCGGACGGAGCUGUUGGAUUAUAUGAAUACGUAUUGGAAGGAUGAGGAUGGUGAUGAUGAGAGUUUCUGGGAGCAUGAGUGGGGCAAGCACGGAACAUGCAUCAACACCAUCGAUCCGAGCUGCUACACAAACUACAAACCACAGGAAGAAGUAGGCGCUUACUUCAACAAAGUCGUGGAUCUCUUCAAGGGUCUGAAUACCUACAAGUUCCUCUCCGACGCCAACAUCACCCCUAGCUCCUCCAAGACCUACGACCUCAGCGAUCUCCAAGACGCCCUGACCAAAGCCCACGGGGCCAAGGUCACGAUUAACUGUGAAGACGACGCGCUGGAUGAAGUCUGGUAUUUCUUUAAUGUUAGAGGGAAUGCUAUUAAUGGUCAAUAUGUCGCUGCUGAUGCUGCCUCGGAUUCCACUUGUCCUCAAUCGGGUAUCAAGUACCUUCCUAAAGAUAGUGAUAACUGAAUCGGGUAGGUCUUAGACACCAUCUGUUCUCUGUGAAGAAGGAAAUGAUUCUUCACUGGGGAAUUGUGACGGCCUCUUUCGAUCAAAAGGAAAUAAAGAUCCAAGGCUAAAUAAACGGGCUGAAUUCCCCUGAAUAUAACGUUUAUGUUGUGUGGUUCUGGUUUAUGUGG